AUGGCUUUAGAGCAAUCAUUAGCAGCGUUAUCUUUGGCUACUGUCAGUAGCGAAAAUGCUAUUCCAACUAAGACAUUAGUUUUCAAGCCAAAAACUGCUAAAACUGCAACCCCAGUUCCAGUUGUUGUAUUUGCAUUACAAUCUACACAAACCCCUUCGCCAGUUAUUGCUAAGGCGGCUGGUGUCAAGGAGCCAAGAUUAGCCAGAGAUGAUUUGGUUCAAGAAUUUUUCACGACUUCCACUAAAGAAGUUUCUCUUGCAAACCUUCAUAAAGACUUAGCAGGUAAAAUCAAGAUUUUAAUUGAUGAAAAUAUUUCCAAAGCCGAUGAAAACACCGUGUUAGAAUUAUCCACUGAAUCUUCUAAAGCUAGUUUAUCAGCUAGAAAUGUUAAUGCAUAUUUAGAAUCAACUGGUAUUGAAGUGAUUCCAGUUGAUUUCACUGUUGAAGCCACUGUUCCAACUCCUGCUCCAGUUGAUAAGUCUAAAAAACUUGCAUUGAAAAAGGAAAAAGAUGCUGCUAAAUUAGAAGAUGCUAAAUUGGUUGGUAUCACUGUUGAUAAAACCAAAGAUUUUUCUUCUUGGUAUUCUCAAAUUGUUGUUAAAAGUGAAUUAUUGGAUUAUUAUGAUGUUUCGGGUUGUUAUAUCUUAAGACCAAACUCUUAUGCCGUUUGGGAAGAAAUUCAAGAUUGGUUUAACGCUCGUAUAAAAAAAAUGGGGGUUAAAAAUUGUUACUUCCCAAUGUUUGUUUCUUCAAGAGUUUUGGAAAAGGAAAAAGAUCACAUUGAGGGUUUUGCUCCAGAAGUCGCUUGGGUCACUCGUGCUGGUUCUUCUGAUUUGGAAGAACCUGUUGCUAUUAGACCAACUUCUGAAACUGUCAUGUAUCCAUAUUAUGCUAAAUGGAUUAGAUCUCAUAGAGAUUUACCUUUAAAAUUACACCAAUGGAAUUCGGUUGUUAGAUGGGAAUUUAAACAUCCUCAACCUUUCUUAAGAACUCGAGAAUUCUUAUGGCAAGAAGGUCAUACUGUUCAUUUAACUAGAGAAGCCGCUGAAGAAGAAGUCAGUCAAAUUUUAGAUUUAUACGCAGGGAUUUAUGAAGAAUUAUUAGCUGUUCCAGUUGUUAAAGGUAAAAAAACUGAAAAUGAAAAAUUCGCUGGUGGGGAUUAUACUACCACCGUUGAAGGUUUUAUUGCCGCUACUGGUAGAGGUAUUCAAGGUGCUACUUCUCAUCAUUUAGGUACUAACUUCUCUAAAAUGUUUGAUAUCUCGGUUGAAAAUCCAGAAGGCUCUGAUAAACCAAGAAUCUUGACUCACCAAAACUCUUGGGGUUUAUCCACUCGUGUCAUUGGUGUAAUGGUUAUGACUCACUCUGAUAAUAAAGGUUUGGUCUUACCUCCUCGUGUUGCACAAAAUCAAGUGGUUGUUGUUCCAGUCGGUAUAACUGCUAAGACUACUGACGCUGAAAGAAAAGAAAUCAACGAUGGUGCCGCUGAAAUUGAAAAAAGAUUGAAAGAUGCUGAAGUUAGAGCAUUUGGUGAUUAUAGAGCUAAUUAUACCCCAGGUUGGAAAUAUGCCGAAUGGGAAUUAAAAGGUGUCCCAUUACGUAUCGAGUUUGGUCCAAAAGAUUUACAAAAUGGUCAAGCUGUUGCUGUUAGACGUGAUGAUAACUCUAAAUACACUGUUAAAUUAAGUGAAUUAGAAACUAGAAUUCCAGAAAUCUUACAAGAAAUGCAAGUUGGUUUAUUAGAAAAAGCUCGUAAAGAUUUUGAUUCUCAUCGUGUUGUUGUUGAUGAAUGGAAAGAUUUUGUUCCAACUCUUAAUGCUAAAAAUGUCAUCCUUUCUCCAUGGUGUGGAGAUGGUGAUUGUGAAGAUGAUAUUAAAGACUCUUCUGCUAAAAAAGAUGAUGGUGAAGACGAAGAAGUUGAUGAAAAGGCACCUUCCAUGGGUGCCAAAUCCUUAUGUAUUCCAUUUGAACAACCAACCUUAAAAUCUGGUCAAAAAUGUGUUAAGUGUGAUAGAGCUGCUCAAGUUUACUGUAUGUUCGGUAGAUCUUAUUAG